AAUGUUGAAAAUUAUACUCAUUUUGUUAACUAUUUAUGGGUUCGCCCAGAUCGAUGGGGGCUUUCCUGAGGAUGCCCUUGCAAGGCACAAUGAGCACAGAAAAAAUCACGAUUGCCCGGACUUGAAAUUGGACUCGGACCUGAGCAACGAAUGCGCAGAAUAUGCCAAGACUCUGGCCGGGAAGGGUAAGCUGGAGCCAACGAAACUUGAUGGGUAUACAGAAAAUUUGUGCAUGACUAUCAAGAAGCCGCUAGAGUGCAUAGAGAGCUGGUAUAUGGAAAAGAACCUGUACGAUUAUAAUGCACCAAGAUUGAGUUCGGAAACUGAACAUUUCACGGCCAUGAUUUGGAAGGCUUCGAAAACUCUGGGUAUUGGCCUUUUUACAAAGGAUGAAAACCAUUACGUUGUGGCGCGGUACAAGCCGAAAGGCAAUAUUAUAUCGGAAUUCAAGGAAAAUGUUCCCAUGGCCACGGGCAAUGCGGAUCAUUCUACGUCAUUUUGCCUUGCUGUUCUAAUUCUAGUGGCGAUUUUCAUUGAACGUAAUUGAGUUUGAAAUUUCAUUUGUAGCAUUCUAAAUUAAACAAGAGUAUUUCUUCUUUUGGGAGGAACACGAACAUUUUUAAA